AUGCACGAAAACAACUCAUUAUCAGCGAAACGAGUGCUAGAGUCGUGGCAAAAUGGGACAGACUCACCCAAAAAGCCCAAAACCGACGAAGUACAUUCCGAAGCCACAGCCUCCCCGUUAGUCAAAGCACUAUAUUCCGAAUCCGCAACAGCAAAACUCUGGAACGUGGCGAUUAAGGCGUUAGACAAUGCAAACCCACCAACCCUCUACCCAGAGUACACCGGCGCAGACGGUGUGACCUACGUCUACCGCACUCUCGAUUUCUGGACAUCAGGAUUCUUCCCUGGCUCGCUGUAUCUCCUCCUUGAACGGCAGACUCUCUAUCCAGCUUUCUAUGACAUCCCAUGGCGACUCAGUAGAAAGGGCUCACUACCCCAUAAGCUUCAGCUUCAGUACCUCUGCCAAUGGUGGACAGCCAAUCUACACGCCAACGCCGCGAAGCGAGAUACCCACGAUCUGGGAUUCAUGAUCGCGCCAUGGGCAAUGAAAGCCUGGUCUCUGAACCGCGAUCCGCAGGCCUACAACAGUUUAGCCCUAGCCGCGCACUCUCUGGCUAGUCGGUUCGACGAGCGCGUUCAGUCGUUGCGGAGCUGGGACGUUUGUCAUACUAAACGAUAUUCAUUCACGGACCCCGAGAAGGAUUUCCUGGUUAUUAUCGAUAACAUGUUGAAUCUUGACUUGUUAUUCUGGGCUGCGAAGGAGACGGGAAAUGCAAAUUUUUACGAUAUCGCAGUUGCGCAUGCGCGGACCACAGCUAAGCACCAUAUAAGAUCGGAUAAUGGAACAGUCCAUGUUGUUAAUUAUGAUACGAAGACUGGGUUACCCAAAUCGAAGUUCACGCAUCAGGGAUAUAGCGAUGAGAGCUGUUGGGCUCGCGGCCAGGCUUGGGGGAUCUUGGGGUUCAUGCAGACUUUCGAGUGGACUAGGGAGAUGGAAUUUCUCACUACGGCACGAAGCUUGGCUGAUUUUUUUAUCCGUCGGUUACCCGAUGACGCAGUGCCAUAUUGGGAUUUUGAUGCUCCUGUGGACUCGUCCUGUCCGAGAGAUACUUCUGCAGGUAUGGUGGCGGGUUGUGGGCUGUUAUUGAUUUAUAAGACGUUGAGGGGCGUGGAUGAGGAUGCUGCUGAAUUUUAUUUGAAGUCUGCGCUGAGGAUUUUAAAGGGUACGGUUGACGGGUUCAUGACUCCUGGCGACCUGAGGUUCGAGGUUGAGGCGUCUGAUACUGUGGUACCCACGUAUCCUGCCGAUCUACCUGAGCACGAAAAGAAGCAGUCGGGGGCGCUUCGGGUUAUGGAUUCUCGACCGGCGCAAAAUGGGAAUGGUACUUGCAAGAAGACACCGGAAACCAUCCUCGAUGGUGCGACGAUAAAUAACUAUGAGUUUGCUACUCGUCGCUGGGCGAACCAUGGUCUUGUCUAUGCCGAUUAUUAUUUCAUGUUGAUGGGAAACAUGCUCUUAGAGCUGGGACUAGUCAGUGUGGCAAGGUUUGUUAUCCAUCGGGAGCAUUUAUUACAAUAG